AUGAUGUCCUUCAGGUUCUCCUGCAGGAUGGUGUCUUUGACGGCGUGGAACACGAAGCGGAUGUUCUCUGUGUCGAUCGCCGUGGUGAAAUGGUGGAAGAGUGGUUUCCCCGGUUACGACGCUUACGCCCUGGCGGAGCGGCCCUUCUAUGAGCAGUGGUGGUUCCUGCUGGUGCUGGCCCUGGGGGGCCUCAUCCUGGUGCUGCUGCUGGUCUGCACCCUGCUGCUGCACGGACACAGCCACAAGUACAGCUCCUGCUCAACCAACGCAGGAAAGCACAUCCAGACGGCUGAGGAGUCGGUAACCCUUGACAACGGAGGCUUCACCUCCCUGGAACUGAACAGCCGCAGUCUGAACACCAAGAACUCCUUCCUGAAGAAGAACGGAACCAGGUCCCCCCCCAGACCCAGCCCUGGAGGGCUCCACUACUCAGAUGAAGACGUCACCUAUAACGGAGCCGUGCUCACAGAGAGCACCAUGCUGACGGAGAAGGCUGCUGAGCUGUCUGGCUCUGAGCUCUCAGACAGUGACUACGAGGACGAGCCUCCUAAACACUCGUUUGUGAACCACUACAUGAGCGACCCCACCUACUUCAACUCGUGGAAGCGUGCCCGGGGUCCGCAGGGGCCCCAGCUGGAGCAGGACUACCCCACCGUGGUCACCCAGCACCCCAGCGGGGGGGCCUACACCCCGGGGGGCCAGCCCGCACACACACACCCCGUCAACAACCCCCCGCCCGGGUCACGCACUCCCGUCACAGGGUUCUCCUCUUUCGUCUGACACACACACACACACGCUCGUAUGCAGACACGUGUCGUCAACACCCACCCUUUGGAAGUUAACACACACACACACACUCAUCUGCACACACACACACCAGCAUGGAGGAUAGAGGGCAGAAGGACCUACUGUGACGAGACAUUAUGCUGAACGAGGACGAGGAGAAAGGGAGUCAAAGAAGACAAGAAAACAUGAACAUUUAAAUGAACUUAUGACCCCACUCACUCUACCUUUUCUCUCUACACAAUCACUUUUUUUCUCGCUGUGCCAACUAGUGUGUACCUCCUAAAACAAUUGUGAUGUCACUGUGCUCACACACACACAGACUGAUCUGACCAGCUUUAAAACAAUUGUAGAGAACACACUGAAGAAGGAAAAUGAUCAACAAUCAUCACAGGUUGGGCU